AUGGAGUCCUGUGUAUUUGGAGCACGGUACCAGCUCAAAGUCAACAACGAACUGACAAAGACGGAAACUAAAGAGAAUUUCGAGCUUCACGUCAAGGCCGAAUAUAAUGGAAUAGCAGAUGUCAGCGGGGACGUGAGCGUCAAGAAGUCGAGCGAGUAUAAGGCGUAUCGCCAAACACGCGAGAACCAGGUGUAUGUUCGCGGCGGAACCGACGCUUCUCGAGUCGAGCUCAGCACCUCGCAGCCUGAUAACAAUCCCGAAGAGUACAGGAAGACCUUCAAUGAAUGGGCGCAGACACUGAACAAUUCUAAUACUGCCUCCCUAGUCAAUAUCAGAGUUGAUAGUAUUGGCAACUCCUUGCGCAAAAGCGGAAAUCCGGACUACGAGCCAGCUGCAAGAAAGCUGAUCGAUGCUCUGGGAUAUAUCUCAGCAUUGCGAGUCAUCCAAGGCCAGAUAUCGGUUGAAUCAUUUGGAACCACCGAGCAUCCCGAGUACACUUGCUCUCUUCACAAUGUUCCUGGUAUGCAGCUGAAAUACAUUAGUGCGGGUUCGGGCAAUCUAUCGCCUGUUAACCAAGAGCCAACCUCGUUGAAACUUCGACUUCAGGCCAACCCGACGCCGUCCUCGGAGCCAGAUGUCAUUGUACCGCAGUCGGGGACCUCUGCUUGGGCAAAUGUCCAGGUCACGACGCCGCAGGAGGCGUCUGUGGUGCAUCUCGAAAAGCCUACGAGCAAGGGAUGGUACAGCUUGGUUCUCGAUCUGCAGCCCGGAGGACCUAAAGUACAGUCAACCGUCGAUGACAAGCAGACUACUAGAGACAUCCCUGUCGACUCCCUGGCAAUUUCCGGCACGUAUGGCACGUAA